AUGUCCUCCUCCAACGAAGCCUCUGCAACCGUUCCCAGCGCUCAGAUCGAGCUGGUCAACACGGUUUCUGGCGUCGCUACGCCUAGCACCAACAUCGGCGACGCUGGCACUCCGGCGGCUUCCCAAACCGCUGCGGUCGGCCCUGCCGCUGUGAAGCCUGCAUCGACCGACGCUCCAUCCAGCGGUAGCCGGGAUGCCGAGAUCCGCCGUCUCGCCAUGACCUUGAUCAGCUUCAUCGAUCACGAUGUCAAAGACUUUGACGACAAUAGCGGCGUAUCUUCGAAGAAUAAGGCGGAGGGUUUGUGGGAGUGCAUCUGGGGUUAUCACCGGUCGGCUCAGCCGCUGCGCAACUUGAUCCUCACUGUGGAGCCGGACCUAAAGCGAAUCGACAAAGAGGUCGAUGAUGGUUGCUCGUACUGUCACGCGGACGAUGAUUCGAGCUCUGAAAGCUCCUAG